UUUAGUUGUCAAAAUAAAUUUGUAUAACUACGCGAUUUUUCAUAUACGUGCAAGUUUUAGGGACUGGAAAAUAGGUUAAAAAUCGAAUUAACCGUGAUAUAUUUGGACGCUGAAUCGGAUGGAAAAUUGAAGUGCACAAACAAGAAGUGAAAAUUAUGCAAAAUCGCACCUGGGAAGGAUGUAAACAAAUACACCUGGGGUGAAUGAGAAGAAGAAGCAGGAAUAAAACGUGUAGCUAUUUUUGCGCUUAUGUGUUGGAAUUUUUGCUAUUAGGCGCGUUUCAGCAGCUGCUGGAGCUGAAAAAAUAAUUUAAUAUAAUAAUUUAGCGCAUAGCCAAGUAAAAAUAAAACAAAUAAACUUAGAUAUACAUCUCUCCAGUUUAGCGUACACGUUCUUCGUUGGUUUUGGUGACUCGGUGCGUGAAACAGUAGUUUUGUUAACCUUGUAACUGCAUUACAAUAGAAUACGAUUACAAAUGUGGUUUCGUUAGAGCUUUUUUUAUAUUUGAACCAAAUUUGUCUUUGUAAACACGAAGGGCAAACAAUAUUAAUGCUUGGUGAAAAACGGUGACGAGAAGCAGUAGAAAUUGUUUUAGAUUGUUCGAAAAUGAGCUCUCCCAUCGUUACUCGUCGUGGUGCGCAAAAAGCUAAAAUACAAACUCGUGCAAUGGUCAAAUCUGCAGUCACAGCUAGCAAGCCGAGCGCAGCGCUACUUGAAGCUAAACGCAAAGCAAAAUUACUUAAAAUGGAAGAGCAAAACCAACAGGAUCAAGUUGUGAAAGAUAUUUUCCAAAAUGCUGUAAGCGCUAAAUCAAUUGUACAAAUGCCAACUGGCAUUGUUUACGAUGAAUCUAUGGCACAGCAUCGCUGCCUUUGGGAUGAUAAUCACCCAGAAAGGCCAGAACGAUUCGUUCGAGUACUGGAGAGAUGCAAAGAACUGCAACUAAUUGACCAGUGUAAGAAAAUUCCAUCACGCCGUGCUACAAAAGACGAAGUACUUCUACUGCAUAGCUCCGACCACUAUGAACUUCUACAGCAGACUUCGGGUGUGCAAGAUGAAACGGCAAUGGAAGAUCUGAGCUCGAAAUUCGAUUCAAUUUACUUACAUCCGUCCACAUUUGAAUUGUCUCUAUUGGCCACAGGUUGCACCAUUGAUUUAAUUGAGAACAUAAUUUCCGGUAAUGUGCAGAAUGGCAUAGCUAUUAUUCGACCACCGGGUCAUCAUGCGAUGAAAGCUGAAUUCAAUGGUUACUGUUUCUUCAACAAUGUGGCAAUUGCAACGCAAUACGCUUUGGACAUUUUGAAGUUAAGUAAAAUAAUGAUUGUGGAUUGGGACAUACAUCACGGACAAGGCACACAGCGUUUCUUCUACAAUGAUCCUAGGGUUCUUUACUUUUCCAUUCAUCGCUUUGAACAUGGCACCUUCUGGCCUAAUCUUAAGGAAUCCGAUUUUGAUGCCAUCGGCUACGGCAACGGCAUGGGUUACAAUUUUAAUGUACCAUUGAAUAAAACUAAAAUGGGCAAUGGCGAUUACUUGGCCAUUUUCCAACAAUUAUUAAUACCCGUGGCCAUAGAAUAUCAACCAGAAUUGAUUAUUAUAUCGGCGGGUUAUGAUGCAGCCUUGGGCUGUCCCGAAGGCGAAAUGGAGGUCACACCCGCAUUCUAUGCUCAUAUGCUGAAUUCUGUAAUGAAGUUAGCUCAAUCACGUGUCGCCGUCGUCUUGGAAGGUGGCUACUGCCUUGAUUCGUUAUCGGAGGGUGCAGCACUCACGCUGCGUACAUUGUUGGGUGGCACCUGCCCUACACUGGUGGAGAAGUUGGAGCCACCAAGCGAAGUUAUACAAGACACAAUACUCAAUUGCAUUUAUGCGCACCGUCCAUACUGGCGUUGUCUGCAAAUUCAGCCAGUAUAUACCAUGGAGGAGCUGAAUAAUGUGAAUCCCCAGCCAAAGUUGCACAAAGUUAGUCGACUAUUCAUUGGCGGCAAACCUCUGCCAGAACGUUUCCCAACCAGAGGCACAGCGCCGGUAACACAACCCGAAGUUGUGGCACAAAAUGAGAAACGUUUAAGAUUUCUUAAAAAUGAAACAAAAUUGUUGGCACCGAAAAUACGCGUAUGCUACGUCUACGAUGAGCUUAUGCUGCAGCAUUGCAACUCUUUUGAAGACGGCCAUCCAGAACAGCCAGCACGCAUUAAACGCAUUUAUGAAAUGCAUAAAGACUACAAGCUCACAGAACGCAUGGAACAAUUGCCAACACGAGCAGCAACAACAGAUGAGAUUUGCCUGGCGCAUACGCGUGCGCAUGUGAAUUUUAUACGGCGCAUAAGUGACAAAGAUGAACUGCAGGGAAUGGGCGAGAAGUACAAUUCAGUUUACUUUCACCCGAAGACUUUCGAUUGUGCCACACUGGCAGCGGGCUCAGUGCUGCAAGUGAUCGACAAAGUGCUGCGUGGCGAUGCGCGCAGUGGUGUCUGCAUUGUGCGGCCGCCAGGUCAUCAUGCCGAAUCUGAUGUGCCACACGGCUUUUGCAUUUUCAAUAAUGUUGCAAUUGCUGCGCAGUAUGCCAUUCGAGAUCACGGUUUGAAGAGGGUUUUAAUAAUUGACUGGGAUGUACAUCAUGGCAAUGGUACGCAACACAUCUUCGAGUCGCAAUCGAAUGUUCUCUAUAUCAGCAUACAUCGCUAUGACAAUGGCACAUUCUUCCCAAAGAGUAAAGACGCUGACUUCGAUGUUGUAGGCAAGGGCGCUGGUGUGGGCUUUAACGUGAAUAUACCGUGGAAUAAGAAAGGUAUGGGCGAUAUGGAGUAUGCGAUGGCUUUCCAACAACUUGUUAUGCCCAUCGCCUAUGAAUUCGAUCCGGAGUUGGUAUUGGUGUCAGCUGGUUUUGAUGCCGCCAUCGGCGAUCCACUUGGCGGCUGUAAAGUGACACCCGAAGCCUAUGGACUUUUCACACAUUGGCUUUCAGCUUUAGCCGGCGGACGUAUCAUAUUAUGCCUAGAGGGUGGCUACAAUGUCAAUUCCAUUUCCUACGCAAUGACAAUGUGCAGCAAGUCGCUGUUAGGUGAUCCCAUUCCAGCCAUACAAGUGAAUGGCAAUGUUACACGUGGCCUUAGUGCGGCAUACACAAGCUGUUUGGAAACCAUACAGAAUUGCUUGAGUGUGCAGCAACGUUAUUGGAAGAGUUUGGUGUUCAACAAGCGGUUGCCACAAUUUGCGGGUGAAAACAACAAUGAGGAUUUUCUUUCUGCUACUAUGAAAAAUUUAGAUAUCAACACGGGUGACACGAAAAGCGUACUUGGUUGUGAAAACGUCGCCGAUGCAGAGGUGACAUUGGAACCGAGCGGCAGUAAGCCGAAGGUAAAAGUUAAAACCCUAACCGAAUUUCUCACCGAAAAUUUAGAGGCUUUGCAAAGUAACGAAAUGUUCGCCGUUGUUCCAUUAAAAACAUGUCCUCAUUUAAAACAAUUGCGCCCUGAGGAGGCGCCGAAAACCAUAGAUAUCAAUGCCCCAUGCGAAGAAUGCUCAUCAGCGACCGAGAAUUGGAUAUGUUUGAGCUGUUACAAAAUACUUUGCGGUCGUUAUGUUAUGGAACAUAUGCUUUUGCACAGCAUCGAAACAGCACAUCCCAUGGCACUUAGCUUCAGUGAUUUGUCCGUUUGGUGCUAUCCUUGCGAGGCAUAUAUUGAUAAUAGUAAAUUGCAUAUAUAUAAAAAUCUACUACAUCUACAUAAGUUCGGCGAGGAUAUGGCAUGGUCGUAUCCAGAUAAAUUUAGCAAUAGUAACCACGAUGAUGACGACGAAGAUUAUGAUGAAGACGAUGAGUUUGAUGCAAAUACAUUUACCAUUCAGCUUGACCACAGCAACUGACAGUGUCUGUUGUUACUGUUGAAGACAGUGCAAAAUUAUUUAUGUACUUCAUUUCCACCAUUGCGACAUGUUUUCCAUUUUAUUACCCAGUAUCUUUGGCCGUUGUUUUAUCGCCUUUACUUUAAAUUGAUGUAUUACUUUUUAUCAAGUUGAUGAUUUAUAUAUUAGUUGUAAACAUAUGUAAAUCCACUUGUAUUGACUACAAGGACUUGAAUGGUCUAUAAGUUUUUAUUAACAAAACAAAAUUAUACAACUAACCAAAGACUUGGCAACAGAAAUUAAAUCAAAUCACAUAAACAAAUGCACUAUUUGUAUUGUGAGCUGGCUAGUUUAAGUAUGGCUCUGAAGAAUGUUGGCUGAAAAAUAUGAAUGUAUACGCGUCUGCAAUACCAAUUUCAUUGUUAACUAAUGCAACUAACUUUUUCGAAGUUUUAGUUAAGUUGUUAAGAGAAUUUCAUAAAACUCAAACUACUAUAUUAUUACACUAUUAUAACGUAAUGUUUAAUUAUUAUUUACAAACAAAAUAGUUGAUUAAUUUACCUUAUACAAAACCUGCAAAUAUAUAUUCUUAACUAAACAAAUUGGGAUAUACACAUGUUCAUACGUACGCGUGUAUAUACAUAUCGUCGUUUAAA